AUGUUGUCUUUCUAUACGCGGCUCUUAUGGAUCUGUUUGGUGGUCAUGAGUGGCGCGACGGGUCAGAAGAGCUCAGCGUCGCCGGCGGCCGCUGGCGGUGGUGUGACAGAGGACUCGGGGCCAGGGAUCGCUCGGGCGGCACCGCGAGCCGGCUCGAAGGUCGACGUUUGCGGUCUCGCACAGAAAUCAUUGGAAAACAUUUCGCGUGUCUUUACUUUCGAUGACUACAUCUUCGCGGGAAACGGCUCUGUAUUUUAUCUCAUGAAAACUGGUGACCCCAAGACAUGGCAGUACUUUUGGUCAUGGGACUUGAGCAGUAACACUUCCCUCCUUGGUCAAGUCGCGGACACAUUCACCGACAUCACGGGCUCGCUGUACUUCGGUCGGCCCAACUCGUGCCCCAGUUCUGCGGGAAAUGACUGCAGUUUUAUGGACAAAGCGAACUAUAAGGGUCUGUUGGUCUUCCAGAACAACCCUGAGAAAGCCACGCCCGCCACUUACGCCUACCAGACCUAUAUUCUCUACCAUCCCAUUAUCGACAAUCCCAAUUUUGUUGGGAACACUACUAAUCCGUUUUCGGCAUUCAAAGAUGACAACCAAAUGCCGUUUGGAUUGCCCGCCGCCGCUCCCAUUACGACCACCAGUAAGUUCUUUCCGAGUGGUGCCGAAUACAAGUAUUUGGGCGCCGCGUACGACCCGACCCAACAGGUGGUCUUCGUGUUGACUUAUCACGACAUUUUGAGUAAUAGUCUGAUCAAGACUUUGGUUAGUUGGGUGCCGUGGAUCGGCAAACACUUCAGUCAGACACUCAUUCACUUUUGGAAACUCGACGGCAAAGGCGACGCUCACUACCAGUCGGCGAACGCCGCCCGCGGCUAUACAGCGCUGGUAUCCAAAAGUGGCAAUUUGUUUGCUCUCGAGUUGGGAAAGUGGUAUUUGUUGGAUAUCUUUGAACAGAAGGAUCCGAUACCCGAAAAGGGAACGUACGAAAUGAGUGAGUUUCUCAACUGCAACUCAACCACCAAACCCUCGCCUUUUAACUCAGAUAAGCCUAUUCUGCCCGUCAAACCCGUCCCCACGCCAUCGGCCGGCGCUCACGCUAGCAAUGCGAGCGGCAAUAGCAGCGAAACAGUGGCCCCUCUCUCCCCAGACGUCACGUCUCCCGCACCGUCUGAAUCGUCAACCGCUCCGUCCAAAGAGGAGAAAUCGUCGCCAAUGCUAAUCAUUUUGAUUAUAGUGAUAGUGAUUGUGAUAAUCAUUGUUAUCAUUUGUUGCCUCUUCUGCUGUAUGAAAGGAAAGGGAAAGGAAGACGAGAAGGACAAAGAGGCCAAACCGGGUUCACCGAAGGCCGGCUCCAAAGUGGGAUCAAAAGUCGGCUCAACGACCGGAGGAGCGAAAGCGGCGUCGACUACGGGAGCGGCUGGUGGUGCGGGCGCUGGCGGUGGCAGUAAAGCCGCCAUCGGUGGUGUCAGCGCUCAGACCACCGAUCAGUCAUCGGUUCCGUCAGUCGUUUCGACCAUCAGUUCCGACUCUUCUUCUGUUAGCAGUUCGGCCUCUCUUUUAGUUAACACUUCGGCCUCUCCUUCAUCUUCUUCUGGCGGCAAACCCUUUGAUUUCUGCAAUUCAUUGGACACGACAGUCGUCUCGCAGAUCACCAACGCUUUCACUGCGGGAAGUAUCAUGUAUUUCGGCAAUAGUACCACGUUUUAUACGGCUCUGAUGGUGGACCCGGACUGGAAAUACUUUGCCCCUCAACCCAUCCAUAACCUCUUUCCUGAUUCGACCCAAUUCUCGGACUUUAUAACCGGAGUAUAUUUCGGUUCAGCCAAAGAGUGCAACCGAUUGCAGACCGACUGCAGUGUUAUGAACAAAGCUUUUGAAAAAUUUAUUGUCUUCGGCACUAUUGGGUCGAGCGGUGGCGGCGGACAACUUGGCUACAAGACCUACGCUAUCGAUUUGGCCUUAACCACAGGCUUCGGCUCUAAGCAUUUGAAGACCGUUAGCGACCCGAAGGCCAUGCCCUGGGGUUUGGCGCCCAACUCUACUCUCGACCAAACCAGCAAAUUCUGGCCCCAAAACAUUGAUUAUAGUUUUAAGUGUUUCGCGUACGAUAUG